AUGGCUGCCGUUGACCACCCCGUCACAAACCCCGACGAGGGAGUCCAGUACCUCACCGAAGACGAGAUCAACUCCUUCCUUGACGACCUCGACCACAACGACGACGGCUACAUAGACUACGCCGAGGUCGAAGCCAAGCUCGACGCUGCUCACGACGAGCUCGCCCCCGAGCACCAGGCCAAGCCGCACCACGUCAUCCGAAGAAAGGAACAGCCCAACGACUUCUCCUCGUCGCAGCACUCGCGCGACGACAACCGCCUGCGCCAUGAGUUCCUCCGCACCAUUAUGGGCCUGCCCGGCUCCGACCCGGGCACCACCUCGGACCCGGCCGCCGACGAGCGGAGCCGGUCCCACCGCAUCCCGCGCGACGACUUCGCCGCCCGCGUCCGUGAAUGGAAGAUCCCCUCCUUGAAACAGGACAAGGACUCGGAGGACUCCCAGCGGGACUACAUCCGCCACCUGCGCCUCUCGCGCCGCCUGCGCGCCUACUGGGCUGUCCACGGGCCCGAGAUCGCCUUCCUCGCCCUCGUCGCCGCCUGCAUCCUCGCCUUCGGCGUCUGGCAAUGCGUCAAGUACGUCACCCAGACCCAGUACCGCGCCGCCUUCGGCUGGGGCGUCGUCAUGGCCAAGACCUCGGCCGGCCUGUUGUACAUGACCUUCUUCUUCCUGCUGCUCAGCAUGUCGCGCUACUUCUCCACCUGGAUGCGCCGCUCCUACUACGUCUCGCGCUUCGUCAACUGGGACCUCAGCCAGUCUUUCCACAUCAAGAUCUCCAUCGCCGCCCUCGUUUUCGCCACCCUUCACGCCAUUGGCCACCUGACGGGCUCCUUCUACCAUGCCAGCCGGUCCGCCAACCGGGACCGCGUCGCCGACGUCCUCGGCGGCCCGGACAAUGUGCCCGGGCCUUACGCCGCCUACGUCCGCACCCUGCCGGGCAUCACCGGCAUCACGGCGCUCUCCUCCUUCUACAUCCUCGCCCUGCUGAGCCUGCCCAAGGUGCGCAACUGGAACUACGAGGUCUUCCAGCUCGGCCACCUGCUUAUGUACCCCAUCAUCGGCCUCAUGAUGGCCCACGGCACCGCCCACCUGCUGCAGUGGCCCAUGUUCGGCUACUUCCUCGCCUUCCCGACCCUUCUCGUCCUCGUCGAGCGCCUCGUCCGCGUCGGCACGGGUUUCCACAAGAUCAGGGCCACCCUCAAGGUGCUCGACGGCGAGACGGUCGAGAUCACCGCCACCAUCCCGAGCGAGCGCAUCUGGAAGUACCAGGCCGGCCAGUACGUCUUCCUGCAGGUGCCGCAGCUCAGCACCUUCCAGUGGCACCCCUUCACCGUGUCCAUCUGCCGGGGCCGCGAGUUCCAGCUGCACAUCAAGACGGACGGCAACUGGACGAAGAAGCUCCGCGACCUGGGCGGCGACUCGGGCACCGCCGAGAUCGACGUCGGCAUCAACGGGCCCUUUGGCGCGCCGGCCCAGCGCUUCUACGACUUCAGCCACACCGUCAUCGUCGGGUCGGGUAUCGGCGUGACCCCGUUCUCGGGCAUCCUCGCGGACCUGCAGGCGCGCGACGACGAGGAGCACGGCGGGCCGACGCAAGAUCAUGGCCGCCAGCGCGGAGGCCAGCACCGUCACGACUCGGACACGACCGUCACGGCGGAGAAGAAGCCGUCGUCGGGGAGUAACAUGACGGACGGAAACACGAAAGACGACAGCCCCGAGCGCAAGGACUCCGAGGCAACCGCAGCGCCCGACGCCAACGACCCCACGAAGCUGCCCAACCCCUCCGAGUCCUUCGUCUUCGCGCCCGACUACCGCCGCGUCGACUUCCACUGGACGGUGCGCGACCGCAACUACCUCCUCUGGAUCGCCGACCUGCUCAACUCGGUCUCGCGCAGCCAGGAAUGGCACCGCGCGCACGAGGGCGGCGGCCAGCACCUCGACGUGCGCAUCUCGACGCACGUCACGCAGAAGCGCCGCGAUCUCGUCACGCACGUCUACCGCUGGCUGCUCGAGAUGCACCGCACCGAAGAGCACCCGGAGAGCCCGCUGACGGGGCUGCUGAACCCGACGCACUUUGGCCGGCCCGACUUCGACGCCAUCCUCGACCGGCACUACGAGGACAUGCGGCGAUUCCGCGCGAGCAAGCGGAGGAAGAUGAAUGCGGGCGCCAUCAAGGGGGAGGGUCUGAACGGGGAGGAGGAGGAGGAUGAGAAGAAGGAGAAGAAGAAGAACGGGGAUGGGGGCCGGGACGCGGAUGCCGGCGGCGAGGGUGGGGCCGCCAGGCGCGAGGUCGAAGAGGAGGACGAGGAGCUCAAGGUCGGCGUGUUCUACUGCGGAGCGCCGGUCGUCGGGGAGAUCCUGGCGGACAAGUGCCGGCAGCUCACGGUGCGUGGGCGGCACGACGGGAGCAAGAUCGAGUACCACUUCAUGAUCGAGGUCUUUGGGUAA